UUUCACAGUUGACUUCACCUCGUGUUAGGGUUUUACGAAAGGUGCCGUUUUGCUCCCUACGCAAGAGAAGCGCCCCAAAGCGAGGAGAUCAAAAUGAGCCGGAGCCUGGGGAUCCCCGUGAAGCUUCUCCACGAGGCGGCAGGGCACAUUGUCACGGUGGAGCUGAAGAGCGGCGAUCUCUACCGCGGCAACAUGAUCGAGUGCGAGGACAACUGGAAUUGCCAGCUCGAAAGCAUCACCUAUACUGCCAAGGAUGGGAAAGUAUCACAGCUCGAGCAUGUUUUCAUACGAGGCAGCAAAGUAAGGUUUAUGGUCAUCCCUGACAUGCUGAAGAACGCGCCAAUGUUCAAGCGUUUGGACGCCAGAAUUAGGGGCAAAGGAUCAGCUCUUGGAGUCGGUCGUGGUCGUGCUGUUGCUAUGCGUGCAAGGGCGCAAGCGGCUGGGCGUGGCGGCCCUCCGGGUAGGGGAGCAGUUCCUCCGAUUAGAAGGUAGAGAUGAUCAUUAGCUAGCUUCUUCCACGCAGGGUUAACUUCAUAUUCCAAAUGCUCAAUUUUGUUGCAUUUUCAUGACUCUGUUCGUUGUGGAAAUUGGCGUGCCCCUGAACCAUUUUCGUUUCGCUGUCACUACUAAUGACUUUUAUUCCCUUAAAGUUUAGGAAGUUUGUUGAUGGUUUGAUCUUUC